GAGUGACUGUCAAUAAAAUUUGGUUUACUAUUGUCAGCUUGAAACAAUUUACCUUUUCUACAAUUCGAAAAAGCAGGGAAGAGAGAGACAUUUAAUUUAUUCUUCAAAAGGAAUUAUGCAACAUCUACAACUAAUCUAUCGUAAAAUAAAACUAUUUUUCAAUACUCCAAUAGAGAAAAUUGUUGCGGAGAAGGAUGAAUUCAAACCUGGUCCAAUUGAUGUUAUGAAUGAAGAUUAUCCCUUAAAUGACGCUCAGAAAGAUGCUUUUAACAAGCUAAAGGCAAUUAUCAUGGAAGGAGAUGAUAACGCAUUUAAACUAGCAUUAUUGAAUAACGAUCACGUUGAUUAUCAUGUAAUUGUAAAAUGUAUUCAUACGUGUAUUAGAUACGAAAAGGACGAUACCCUUAAAAAUUUGCUUACUAAUUAUAUCCUUGAUUUUUACGAUAUAACAAAUCCUGAAGGGAAGAAACUAUUGAAUGCUCUAUAUGAUAAAACGGCAAUAUGUCUUAUUGAAAUGGAUAAAGCAUGCUUAUUUAAAUUUAUACUUCAAAAACAAAUUCAUUAUCUUCAUUCAAAUCGUGAAAUACCAAUUUUCGAUGACCUUUUAUUUACAAUACUUGAACUUGGAAGGGAAGAAUGUCUAGAGAUUCUUCUAGACAGUUCAGUUUUAAGAGAUCACGAAUCGGCUUUUGCUCAAGUUCUCAAUAGUAAAUUAAAGAAUAAAAAGACAAUAUUUUUAAGGAUGCUAUCCCGAAUUGUAAACGAUGAAUAUUUAAAUCUUGCAAUUAUCAGAAAUUGCCUCAUACAAAAGGUUUAUUUGGAAGAUUUAAAAGAAGUUGUAACAUUUAUGGAACUAUCGAAUGAAGCUAGGAAUAUAUUGUGUAGAUAUUCGUUAGUUAGUCAUAAUUUUUCAUUCCUUAAUUACGGAUUGGAGAGUGGAUUGUUCAAGCUGACAAAGGAGCACGUUCAAUUUUCCAUUGAAUUUUCAUUUUUGAAAGAAAUAUUAAAUAGUCACGAAGAAUUCUUUGAACGCCAUAUAUGGCCAUUUUUAUUAUGCCAUUUAAAAUCGGAUCUAUUGGAUUGUCCAUCUCAACUAAUAGCAAUUUUCAAUCAUAAAAAAUUCAAAGAUUGUCAAUAUUUUAGAAAUACGACAUUCCAAUUGUUAUUUCAAAAUGGAAGACUUCCAGGAUUUUAUAGAAGGGAACGAAAACAAUUUUGGAAUUGGGUUUCAUCAUUUUGUGUACUAAUCCAUUAUAGUGAAAAUUACGGGGGAUUAUCUCAAUACGCUAUAAAUGAUAUGUUUGCAUUUAUAUUUAAUUAUAAACCUGUAGGAAAUUCUUUAGUAACCUUCUAUGCAAGUUUAGUAUCUUGUGUUUUGUGGUACGGUUACUUGUUUACCGAUAUUAACGUAUCGGUAUUUUUCUAUUGCCAGGUAAAAUCGAAUAAUAUCUAUUCACGUUUAAUAUCCCUAUUAAUGGAAGCUAGUGGACAAAGGCACUUUAAUCGUUUUACUAGAAAGAGAGAUGGAGUAAAUAGUAUCAUGCCAUUAACUAAUAUGGCUAAAUGGUCGAUUAGACAUAAUCUUAAGAGACCGUUUCAUUCGAAUUUAAAGCAACUAUUAAAGGGUCUACCACAAAUUAUGGAAAAUAUUAUAAGUUUAAAAACGUCAAUCGAAAAUUUAGAUAUACCCUGGAUGAGUUUUGCAAUUGUUGAUGAUUGCGUAACAAUUAAUAAAGAAGGAAUGAAAUGUUCACAGAUAUUUUGUAUUUAA